AUGGGCUCUUGUCUUAGCAAGAAGAGCUCCAAAGAUGGUUCUCGUCCUGCCAAUUCUUCUGCGACCCAAACUACUCGUAGAGCUCGAAACUCACAAGCUUUUCGAUCAAACGAAUCGCAUCACGAAGCCAAGACUAAGGAAAAGAACGCUGUUGCAGGCAAAACGCUUGGAGGUGCGACUGAGAAGGACUUCCCUGCUCGACGUGCAGCUGGCUUGGCCGCGGCGGAGAGGUUUGAAAAGUCACAGAAAGAGCUAAAAAACGGCGAGCUUGGUAAGAAAUUAGCCAAAGAGCGAGCCAAAACAUUGAAUGCACAUCUAAAAGACAACGCAGAGAGCCGACGAACAGAGAAAGAAACGGCUCUCGUAUAUGAUUGA